AAACUCUCUUCCCCUCAAGGAAAACAGCUUUUCUCCCACACAUUAUUAAUUUAUUAUAUCCUCAAAUAAAAAGGAUAAUGCAAACUAUUGGAACUCCCAACUUCAAGGCCUUACAUCCAAUCAAUUUAGCUUUAUUUUAGAUAAAAGAGAAAUAUUAGACUUCUUUUACUAUUGAACUUCCAUUUCCAGCACGCAAACAUGUCUUCUUUUUUUCUUUCUUCUUUCUUCCAGACAAAUAUCAAAAGGAUACACAUAUAAUAAUUGGAAACAAAAUUUUGUUUUGUUAAAUCAAAUUAUUAUAAGCCUUUUGAUUCACCACUAACCAAAUGCUUCAAACUUUCUUUUUUCUAUCUAAGCAAUAUAGACAGUCUUUCCAAAUUUUUAAAUUCAUCGAAAAAACACAAAUUUUGAACCAUUUUUUGGUUUGAGAAACCAUAAACCCAAAAAAGGGUGGCCAUAAUAACAACCUUAACAGCCAAGAAACGAGAAGAUUUCCAUAUAUAACAUUGAGAAAGUUCUCUUUCAUUCCUUUGAUCCUUUCACCAUCCUCACCUUGAACAUCAUUCCACAAUGCCCAAGUAUAGUGAUACUUAAAUUUCUGAAAUAAGAAUGCACUAUUUCUGAAACAAACGUCACCUUUGAGUACCAAGGUAAAUAAUUCUUAAGGAAAGUGCUCUUCUUCACAAUUUGUGAGUAAUUCAAUUUCAUAUUCUCUAUCAUUUUAAUAAAAAUCCUUGAAGAAAGUUGAGAUGGAUAACACCCCGUCCACACCUGGGAAGUUCAAGAUGGAGAAAGGUUCAUAUUUUCAUAGGCCUCGGUGGCACACUUCCUUAGCGAAGCUGGCAUUUUGGUCCUUCGUGUUCUUGGGUCUAAUGUUCAUCUUCUUCUUUAGAACCCCAUCAAUACCUUCACCAUCAUCGCUUCCAACAGACCAUUCACGCAGGUCCCUAAGGACCUAUAACAAUUUUGGUGCAGCAUGGGAGAAGAGGGUUCGUUCUUCUGCAAGAAUUAGGUCCCCGAAUGGGGUGUCUGUGCUUGUAACUGGUGCUGCAGGUUUUGUUGGAACCCAUGUCUCUGCUGCACUCAAACGUAGGGGUGAUGGAGUACUUGGCCUUGACAACUUCAAUGAUUAUUAUGAUCCGUCGCUAAAACGUGCACGCCAAGCUCUCUUAGAGCGUACUGGGGUCUUCAUUGUUGAAGGAGACAUUAAUGAUGUUGACCUUCUCAAGAAACUCUUUGAGAUUGUGGCUUUCACCCAUGUAAUGCAUUUAGCUGCUCAAGCUGGUGUCAGGUAUGCGAUGGAAAACCCGGGAUCAUAUGUUCAUAGCAACAUUGCAGGUUUUGUGAAUUUGCUUGAGGUUUGUAAGUCUAUGAAUCCACAACCUGCUAUAGUAUGGGCAUCUUCAAGCUCAGUAUACGGAUUGAACACCAAAGUUCCAUUUUCCGAAAGGGAUAGAACUGACCAACCUGCAAGCUUGUAUGCUGCAACUAAGAAAGCAGGUGAAGAAAUUGCUCACACAUAUAAUCACAUCUAUGGACUUUCCUUAACAGGGUUGAGGUUCUUCACUGUUUAUGGCCCUUGGGGAAGACCUGAUAUGGCCUACUUCUUUUUCACAAGGGAUAUCUUGAAGGGCAAGUCAAUUCCGAUCUUUGAAGCGGCGAAUCAUGGAACGGUUGCUAGAGAUUUCACUUAUAUUGAUGACAUUGUGAGGGGUUGUUUGGGAGCAUUGGAUACUGCAGAGAAGAGUACUGGUAGUGGAGGGAAGAAAACCGGACCGGCUCAGUUGAGGGUGUUCAAUUUAGGGAAUACUUCGCCGGUGCCGGUUUCGGAACUUGUGAGCAUUUUGGAGAGGCUCUUGAAAGUUAAGGCAGAGAGAAACAUAAUGAAGUUGCCAAGAAAUGGUGAUGUUCAGUUUACUCAUGCAAACAUUAGUUAUGCUCAGUCAGAGUUUGGUUAUAAACCAAAAACGGAUUUGCAGAAUGGUUUAAAGAAAUUUGUUCAAUGGUACAUCAAUUACUAUUCUGAUGGCAAGAAAGCUGAUCAGUGAAUGAUUUUAUGGUAGGAUCGUAGGAGGGUAAAUUUGGGAGAACAAUAAAAUACAGUCAACAUGCAUCUUGAGUUAUAAUUGUUUGAUUUUUUAUGUGAAUUUUUUGACUGAUUUUUAUUGUACCCUACUAUAAUUCUUGUGGUUGUACUUUGGCAUUUCUGUUCUGUUGCUUGUUCAAUGUGCUCUUCAUAUGUGACAAAGAUGGCUUAUGAGGAGGUUCAUUGUUUCCUGCAUUGAGGAAGUCUUGUUCAUGCUUGGAGACUAACUAAUGCCUUGGCACCUAGUAUCAAAUAGGAAGAAUCACAUUCUUCUCUUUAGUCUUUUCCCUAAAUGUAAUUAUUCUUGUAACAUUAGAAAAUGUAGCAUUCAUUGAAAGUGUAUAUGCUUUUUGUUUGUUGUCACUAGAACAGUAUAUGCUGAUUUCAGGCCA